UUCACCCACAAACAUAAUAUAAAUAUUUUCCUCACAUUGGCAAAUCAAAAUUGCAACCAACAACCAACCACCAUUUAUUACUUCCAUUGCCAAACCACAACUUCCACCACCACCACCGCAGUCCGUUGCCGCCCGACAUGGACAUGCCGGACUUCUCCUCUGGCCCGUCUCCGAGGCGGGAGCUCCAGGGCCCCCGCCCCGCGCCCCUAAAAGUCCGAAAAGACUCCCACAAAAUCCGAAAACCGCCCAUGGCGCCCCCUCCGGCCGCGGGCCACCACCACCCGCCCCCCCACGCGGCGCCGAGGCCGCCCGUGAUCAUCUACACGGUCUCCCCCAAAAUCAUCCAUGCAAACCCUAACGAGUUCAUGGCGCUGGUCCAACGUUUGACCGGCCCCAGUGCCACGUCACCCUCCUCCGCCUCAGCCUUUUCAUCAGAAGGCGGAGGCGCAGUGUCCCCCGCCGCCCGUUUCGCCGCCAUCGAGCGCACAAAAACGCCAGAUGGCAGGAGAAAGGGCGGGGAAAUGGUAGAUGGGAUCGAGAUAGAUCCCAUCAUUCAAAGAAGCGGCCAAUUUCCCGGCAUUUUAUCGCCGAAUCCGAGCGCUCUUCCUCCGAUCCCGGCCAAUUUCUUCAACAUCUCGUCGGAAAAUAACAAUCCAUUGAAUUUCUUCCAUGAUUUGAGCCCGGUUUUGCAUAGCAAUAGGAAUUUUUCGGAAAAUAGUUUCAUCUUUCCGAGCCCUUCGACUAAUUAUUUCAUCUCACCACACAUAAACACACCCUCUCCAAACACUCUAGAGCUCUUCCACAGCUUGUUUGAUCUAUAACCGCAUGAGGAACUGCAGGAAAAGUAACGUAGGGAUUGGAUUUAGCUUCAAUCCAUGGCUGUGUGGGGCCCGGCUUCUAAUUGUCGGUAUUUAAUUCUCAUUGAUUUUUAUUUUUCUACAUCUCUCAUACAGUUGAAAAUUGAAUUUUGUGGCUCAAAUAAUUGGUUUUUGGUCUUUGUUGGAAUCAUCUUAGUUUACGAUAGCAAUUUUUUUUUUUUGGUCACAUUUGGAUUGUAAUUUCGGAAGAAACAAGAUGACUGAUUUUGCCGUCCUUGUAGAUGCUACAUUAAAAAAAAGUUGAGGACGGAGACGAAGUAGAGAGAAGAUGGCUUCCGCUACCUACUCAAUUUCAACCGUUGCUGCUUACACCCACCUCCCCUCACUUCCCAGACUCCCCUCCACCUCUCAUUUCUCCAUCACCCCUGCUUUCCCCAUAACCUUACGCCUCACGCUCACACGUGCCAAUUAUAUCCUUCAGCCAUUUUAAUAUAAAUAAAAUAAUAAUUUUUGGAUGAAUAACUAUGACCACAAGAUUGUAAAAUUGAUGGAUGAGAUUUGGUCUCUAGUUCGGUCUUUAAGAGUUCGACAUUGAUCACAACUCUAUAUAGUAUUAUACAUUUUUCAUUGCCAUUAAGAAAAACUCUACCUACAUGUUUUAAAA